AUGGGAUGCGAUUCGAGUCGCCUCUACAAGAACAAGUCCUCUCCUCGGCGUUCUGGGGUGGAGAAAGAUCUGGAUGAAGUGCUGCAAGCGCAGACUGUCUAUUCCAAUGUCUCGAAAGCACUCCUCGCGAAAUCGACAGACUUGAUGAGGGCAUUUGGCACCGAUGAUCAGUCGAAGAUAUGUUUAGAGAUUUUGGACAAAGGGGAGCUUCAAGUUGCUGGAAAGGAGAGAGAGUCCAAGUUAUCAAGUCAGUUCCGAGAUAUAGCGACGAUUGUGAUGGAGAAGACUAUCAAUCCAGAAACUCAACGCCCUUAUACCAUUAGUAUGAUCGAACGACUUAUGCAUGAAAUACAUUUUGCUGUGGAUCCUCACAACAGCUCAAAGAAGCAGGCUUUGGAAGUGAUACGUGAGCUUCAAAAGCACUUUCCCAUAAAAAGAUCUCCUAUGAGAUUACGAUUAACUGUACCUCAGGGAAACCUUCCUUCUCUAUUAGAAAAGCUUAGCAGCUGGAAUGCAAGCAUUAUUUCGAAGGAUGAAUCUGGCGAUCAGUUCUCUGUGAUUAGUGACAUCGAGCCAGGCUGUUUCAGGGAUUGUGAUGCUCUAGUGAGGAAUUUACAAGGAAGAUUGGAUAUACUUGCUGUAUCAGCACAGGUGGAAGGGGAUGCUCAUGUGGAACAGUAUGAAGAUCCCGAAGAGAUCCCAUUACGAUCAUCUGAGGAGUCAAAUUCUAGCAGGGACUCAGAUUUGGCAGGUCAGCUAGCUGAGAGGUUAAAGAAACAGAAUAUAUCUACGGAAAGCACCAGUGGAGAGCAAGUUAAGCAAAAUAAGUGCAGCACAUGUGAUACUUUUGUGGGAGACGCUAAACAAUACAGGGAACAUUUUAAAACAGAGUGGCACAAGCAUAACCUGAGGAGAAAGACGAGAAAACUUCCUCCUAUAACUGCAGAGGAAUGUGACACCGACAUGGAAUUGGGUGAGAUGAAGGCAGAUCUGAAGGAGUACUCCUUUUAAGGUGUGUUUCUUUGAGCAUCUCUAGAGACAAAAAUGCUUGUGGGAGGGGAAUGAGUUUUCUGUUGAGACACCUGGAUAUCGGUUUUAAGUUUGUUAUGCACUAGUCAAUUCAAAGGGGAAGAAGGUACGGUAUAUCGGAGAAAUUCUGUUCGUGUGCGUCUCUUGAUGCUGUUUGGGAGAUGGGUGAGUCAUAUACAGGGAUAUCAGUUUGCAACCCAUCAUUGAAUUGAGAAACCUUUUGUCAAAUCACAACUUCCUUUGUAUCGUGUCCAAAACAAAUGUGUGAUGAGAUCUUAAACAUUAUUAAAAGUAAAGGUCUUUUCUUUUU